AUGGCUCUGUGCUCUGCUCCUCGCCUAACAAUGCCCUCUGAGGCACUCACCCAUUCACGCACGUUGAUGGGAUGGCCCGACAUCACUUCACAAGAAACGACUUCCCUUUUGAAAGGCGCCGAGGUGGAUGUUGCCAACAUUGCCAACGCUAUUGUCCAGUUUGAGCCCGUCACGCUCUACUGCAGCCCAACCAACGUGGAGCGUGCCAAGGCGCUUGUCUCACCCACUGUGAAUAUUGAGCAUCUUGCCAUUACAGAGCUCUGGAUGCGCGAUACUGGCCCUGUUUUUGUCAAGAAUUCUACUGGAGGCCUCGUUGGUCUGGAGCUGAACUUCAACUAUUGGGGCGACAAGUACAAGGGCCCCGAUGCGACAGUCGCCUCGGACAUUCUAAAACAGAGCAACAUUAAAUCAGUCAAGGCGCCGUUUGUUGCAGAAGGAGGCGCUAUUGAAAUCGAUGGCGAGGGCACGCUUCUCCUGACAGAGAGCUCGGUUAUCAACGACAACCGCAACCCGGGCAAGACUAAGAAGCAGCUUGAGAAGGAAUUUUCUGCUUUUCUGGGUGUCGACAAGGUCAUCUGGGUCAAGGGCGUCAAGGGCAAGGAUAUUACCGAUUGGCACAUUGACGCCAUGGCGCGCUUCGUCUCCCCUGGUCGCGUUCUACUUAGCCGCCCGCCUGCGUCAUCAGAGCAAUACCUCCUGGAUCUUUACAAGGAGGCCCGAUCUGUACUAGAGACAGAAAAGGACGCCAAGGGCCGCCAAUUGGAAGUGUUGGAUUUGGAAGAGGCAGAUCCGUCGCUCUUUGACGGUAACCCGUACCAAAUGGUCCUCUCCUACCUCAACUACCUGAUUGUCAACGGCGGUGUUAUUAUUCCGUCGUUUGGAGACGACAAGGCAGACAAGCGAGCGCUGGAUCUUUUUAAAACCCUUUUCCCAGAGCGCAAGGUGGUUGCUGUUCGCCUAAACACUCUCCGCAAGCUUGGUGGCGGCAUUCACUGCGCUACCCAGCAGCAGCCAGCGCAUAAAAUAAUAGUCGGUCCCUCCAUUUACAUUCACGACAAUAACACGCGCACAGGAUUAUCCACCAUGUCUUCUGGUCGCAUAUUUGAUGUGGUUGAGGCGGACAUCCAACAGCUCCAAGCUGCAUUGAAUGCCAAGCAGAUUACUUCUGUUGAGCUUGUUAUUGAAUAUUUACGGCGAAUCAGCAUCUAUGAUCACCGCGGCCUCCGUCUCAAUUCCACGCCAAUUAUCAAUCCUGCUGUCUUUGAAGAGGCUGCUGCUUCUGAUGAUAGACGAGCAGCUGGCGCAUGUCUCGGCCCCAUGGAUGGCAUCCCAUACACAGUCAAGGACAGCUACAAAGUCGCAGGCUUGACUGUGGCCAGCGGCGCCCCUGCUUUGCGGAAUUUGGUUGCCAAUGAAGAUGCCUUCACUGUGGAACGUCUGCGUGCUGCGGGCGCCGUUUUGAUAGGAAAGACCAACAUGCCUCCCAUGGCGGCUGGUGGUAUGCAAUACGGUGUGUAUGGCCGAGCUGAGAGUCCGUACAAUCUGGAAUAUCUGGCAGCGGCCUUUGGUUCGGGUUCUUCUAAUGGAAGUGCCGUGGCAACAGCGGCGUCCAUGGCGGCAUUCGGUCUCGGUGAAGAGACAGUAUCAUCGGGCAGAUCCCCCGCGUCAAACAACGCGCUAGUGGCCUACACUCCAUCUCGCGGCAAUAUUUCCAUUCGAGGAAACUGGCCAUUGUACCCGUCUUGUGAUGUGGUAGUGCCGCAUACCAGAACAAUGAGUGACUUGUUUGGCCUUUUGGAUGUCAUUGCUUCGCCGGAUCCCAUCAAGACAGGAGACUUUUGGCGAAACCAGCCAUUCGUGUCUCUGCCAGCACCUUGGAAGGACAGACCAGCUACUUUUUACGACUUGAAGAGCAGUCCAGCUAUGCAUGGCCUUCGCAUUGGCGUGCCGUCCAUGUACAUCACGCCCAAUACUUCCAUGGACAAUGGCUUGCCAUAUGUAUCGCCCGAAGUCUGCAACCUCUGGGUGACAGCCAAACAGCAUCUCGAAAGCCUGGGUGCUGAGGUUGUUGCAAUGCCAGAAUUCCCCUUGGUAACCAAGUAUGAAACCCAUAUCAGAUCGGGAUCUACAGAAUGGCUUGGUCUGCCACUAGAGUGGAAGUCUGUAGAGCGAGGGCGUCUGCUAGCUCUGGCAUGGGAUGAAUUUCUGAAGAACAACAAAGAUGCGUCCUUGGCUAGCCUAAAAGACGUGGAUACUUCACAGUUGUGGCCAUUUGACGAAGAUGAUCUCCAGGUUUGCUUUAGUAAACCUGAGAAUCGCAUUCACUGGCACAAGCUAGUGUCCCAGUUAGUUGACAGCGAAAAUGGCAACGCGAUGAUACAGUCUCCUAUGGAUACACCAGAUCUCUCCAUUGCACUACCAGCACUAGAGGCUAUGCGCAAGAGUCUUCUUGAGGACUGGCUCGACGAGAACAAACUAGAUUUCGUGGUGUUCCCAGCCAACGGCGAUGUUGGUCGCGCUGAUGCGGAUACUGUUCGAGAUAGUGCCAGGUUUUCUUGGACAGACGGCGUCAAGUACAGCAACGGAAACCAAGUGUUGCGACACCUUGGAGUCCCAAGCAUCACUGUACCCAUGGGCAUGAUCCCCGACAAAAAGAUGCCUAUUGGCCUCACCAUUAUUGGUAAAGCAUAUAAUGAUGUCAAUAUUCUUCGACUAGGCUAUCUUUACGAGCAGGCGAGCCAGAACAGAGUUGUUCCUCCUCUGACCCCGUCUAUCUCUAUCGCUGAUACAAGAGAUGGCGUGUUAGCGGAUGUUGCCCGACCUAAAUUACACAUCUCGUGCAAGUCCGCCCCCACAGAUGCAGAGCAAGGCGCUGUAGAAGUUUCGGUAAAUGGUAUCGUCACUGUUGAAGAGUCUAGUGAGGCAUUGAUUAUGGAGAUCUAUAUUGACGGCAACAAGUUAUCCGAUGACAAGGUCGUUCUUACACCAAUGGGAAGUGAGCCAGGUUAUAUGUUUACGUCUAUCGUGCAGGCUCCCAGUGCUCCUACUUGGGCCGAGACAAAGCGAUGGGGUACGCCAGUAUCCCGCGACCGCAUCAUGGUUAUGGUGGUUGCUCGAGUUGGUGCAAAUGGCCGACCAACGGCAUGGUUGGGCCAGCUAGAAUAAGAGGUAAGCUUCUCCGGUAGAAGAGUUUAGGUAGUAAUAAUAAAAGCUUUGUUUCCAGAAAAGCA